ACCGAGAAAGAGCAGAUUCGGCGGCUGACUUCUGAGAGCCUGUUUUACUCUCUUUCCAGGAGUAGGCUAGAAUGAUGGAACUGAGAAAAAUGCUUGCGACAUGGAAGGAGCGCUGCAAAAAGUGCCGGUUCUUUUUGGUGCUGAUGAGGUGAUGUGAGCUAUCAGGAGUGUAUGCUUGUUUCUCGUGGGAAUGUGUUUCUUUUUUUGUUGGAGAGCGGAGGCUGUGAAUUGAGGAAAAGAAAGUUGCAGCCUGAGCUCUUGAUUCUGCCUCUGCCAAAGCACCAAUGCUGGGAUCGAGGCACUAUUCAUUUCUCUACAUUCAAUAAGCACCUGGAAAAAGAUGACAUCUCUAAAGUCGCAAUCAAGGGAAAGGUGGACGUAGGUGAUAGCAACGAUGGAUCGAGACCUGAAUCAGAAAAGGAUAGUAACAUCUUUGUGGAAAAUUCCGAUUCCACUAUGUCAUUGUAUGGAAUAGGUAACUGUGAAACUGAGUCCGCCUCAAUAUCCAACAGGCAUUCAGCAUCGUCCACGAGUUACCGGUGUGCGAAUUCAGAGAAUUCAUCUUAUUCAUCGCAUUGCAUGAUGAUGCUGGAUAAAGAGGAUGGUAAAGAUAAUCUAGUGCUAGGUCUUCAAGACGUCAUUCCUCUCAGUCGCGACAGUCAAUUACGAGUACAAGAGAUCCUGGAGGAGCAUCUCCUUGAAUUUGGAAACCAUGCGGAUCACAUAUGCUCGGAAGAGGGAAAGGACUGCAUCGACCAAUGCCCUGAUGAUGAAACCGAAGAUAUCAUCUACUCCAAUGGGGGGCCGCCUUCUAAUAAAUUUGUCCUUUCCUCUGGAAGAUGGAUCGUCAACCAAGAAGCCCAACACGGCACGAGAAGACCGACAAUAGACCAAGAGUUUGAGCAGUACUUCUCCACGCUCAUGCUGUAGCAGGGCAUUGCCUGAAAUAGACGACAAAAGUAGAUAUUACUAAUAUCAGCUUCCUGGAUAAUCGCCCUGUACUCUGCCUUUGGUAUGGAGGUUAUAAAUCAGUCUUGCCUUACUUUUCGGUUGUUGCAUACUCUAUAAUAAAUAUAAUCGCUAGCAAAUCUUGAGUGAACAUCUUUGAUGAUAUAUUUACCUAGUUUUUGGUUGGGAUGUA